UAAUUCAUUUAGCCGGAAGUGACUCUCCAGUCUUUAUUUGUAGACGAGCGCUCGUCCCGUUAUUCGCUGUUAUUAUUAUUAUCAUCAAUAAUUAUUUAGAUUUUUCGAGGCAAAUUAAUUGUUCCGGCGAAACAGGCAAAGCCCCGUGUGGCAUUGCCUACAAGUCUUUAGAAAUGUCAUAAACAUGGAGUGAAAGGACAGAGCCAGGUUUCCAGUCGGUGGGCGAUUUUUCUCUCUCCGUCAUUAGUAAAACCGGGAGGAAUUUCUCUGUUUUAUCAAACGCAAGUAUGUCAGGAAACUUUAACGUGCACGAAGUGGGCUGUUGCAUCAAAUACUUUAUAUUUGGAUUUAAUAUUAUAUUUUGGCUGCUGGGAGUGGCAUUUCUGUCCGUGGCUCUGUGGGCCUGGAGUGAGAAGGGUGUCCUCUCCAACAUAUCCUCCAUCACAGAUCUGGGUGGGUUUGACCCAGUGUGGCUGUUUCUUGUGGUUGGAGGGGUGAUGUUCGUGCUCGGCUUCGCAGGAUGCAUCGGUGCUCUGAGGGAAAACUCCUUUCUUCUUAAGUUUUUUUCCGUUUUUCUGGGAAUCAUAUUUUUCCUGGAGUUGACAGCGGGAGUCUUGGCGUUUGUCUUUAAGGACUGGAUUAAAGACCAGCUCAAGUUCUUCAUCAACAACAAUAUUCGAGCAUACAGAGACGACAUUGACUUACAGAAUCUUAUUGAUUUCACGCAAGAUUAUUGGGAGUGUUGUGGAGCUUUUGGGCCUGAAGAUUGGAAUCUGAAUAUUUACUUUAAUUGUACUGACACUAAUCUGAGCAGAGAGAAAUGUGGGGUUCCCUUUUCCUGCUGCACCAAGGACCCUGCUGAGGAUGUGAUCAACACUCAGUGUGGAUAUGACAUUCGAGCGAAAGGUGACAACGAACAGAAGAUGUUUAUACACACGAAAGGAUGUGUGCCGCAGUUUGAAAAAUGGCUACAGGAGAAUCUAACCGUAGUUGCCGGAAUCUUCAUAGGAAUUGCACUUCUGCAGAUAUUUGGGAUCUGUCUGGCACAGAAUCUACUGAGUGACAUUGAAGCGGUCAGGGAGAGCUGUUUGUUUACCUGAAGCACUUGAGCCGUUCUGCAGACAGAGCCUCCAUCUCUCUGUCACUCAGCAACAGGGUUUGCAUUGUCAUCAAAGUCUCCUAGCAACCAGUGAGGGAUUCCAUUCACAUACCUCCUUUAUUACAUUGUACAUCGACAUCUUCACGUUUCCAUCAUAAUGGUGUGUCCAAUGCUAGAUUUAUUUUUAAUCCUUCUUCAAAUAUCACACAAAGAAAAUCUCAACAGUAUUAACAUGUUGAAUCUACAUACUAAUUUGUCUUCCUUAAGACCAUCCAUAAUGUAACAAGAAAUACUAUAGGCCACUUGCAUAUGGGUCUGUAUAAUUGUGCUGAAAGGAAAUAUAAAUAUUAUAAAAUGUGUUUGUCAGUGCUAAGAGAAUAGUUAUAUUGGUAGCUGAAAACAUGAUCAGAUUAGGGAAAAUAUUAAUUACUUGCGGGGGAUGUUUAAAAUGUUGUGAAUUACUAGCAUCCUGUGGAAAUCUGCUCAAGCCCAAAGUAUACUUUGGCCGUCCGCUUUCCACUCUGUCCCUGUGAUGUCAUUUUCGUCAUCAGUAGGACCAAAAGCGCAUGUGCGACUGACUUGACCGCUUAAGAAAUAGAUAGUGCGCAUGUGCAAAACACGUCUUUCCGUGUUCACGGAAAAUGAAGUAUACCUGGGCCUUCAGAUUUCUGUAAUUCUGUUGAGGCAGAUUGUGCUAAAUGAUGAGUUACUGUCUACUUAACACUACAUGAGUCUCAUUAUGACUCUCAAAUGUAUAGAAUUCAUUGAGACUAUUUGUUAAUUUUGUUCACAUUGUCAAAUUAUGUGUAUAUUACCUGUUUAAUGGAUUUUAUUAAAACAGUUGCUUUUGAAACUAAAGGAAAAUGCACUGCAUGCUUACUGGAAUUACACUACAUUUUCCCCGUGUGUUCAGCUAUAUGAAGAUAUUUUUGUGAAUGGCUCUGUUUAUGAUUUUGAAAUUAUAGCCACUGUAAGUAAUGGUGUCACAAGAAUGUUUUAAAAACAUUAGCAGUGGAAUUUAAUAC